AUGGCCACCGCCAGUCUAUUAUUCACCAGCGAGAUGCCUUCUGCCAUGUUGCCAACGACAGUGCCCAUCGCUUCACCUUUCCUGCUGAGAGAGGACGAUCUAGAGGUGUUGUCACAAUCGGAUGGAUUCACCAUCUUGAGAGCACAUCUCGCUGCAUAUUAUUCCUACGAGGCGUGCGACUCUCACUCCUCGGCAUGUCCGGAAGAUGUCCAACAUUGGACCAUCGUUCGAGAUAUUCUGCACGCACUUUUGGUACCCGUGGUGGAACUGUUCGACAAGGCGUGCGGGGUGGCCGCUGCAGCCACCAACGCCACCAAGCUGGAAGACCUCGAAUAUGCCUUUACCGGUUCUUCGCGCGGAGCGUUUGUCUGGCUACAGUGCUUCCUCUCCUCCGAAAAGGAACGAGAUUGGUGCUUUACUAGAGGAUGUCCCGCGUGCGUUGUGGAGCAUACCCUCAGUUCAGAGUUCUCAAUCCGCCUCAUCUAUGCCGCUUGUCUACUGAGUGAUGUGCACUAUCCCUUCACCAUGGAAGGGCCAACGCUACCAAGCUUCACCUUCUUCCUAGACUCCCUGGCUCGUGCAAUCUCCGAGGAUGAAGUUUUUGGAGAAGACUUCUUCGACAGAAUGCAACCAAAAGCAUGGGCCACGCGAGAUGGCGUGGACGAACUUAUCCAGCAAUGUUUGGAUCUCGACAUCGCUCUGUCGCAACCAACAACUCCGGAUGGAUCAGCUCCAACAUCCCCGGCCUCUGUCAGUCCUGCUCUUGGUCCUUGUGGUGGUACACCUGGUAUGAAAAUCAAGCGGAGUAAGAUGGCUCGUCGACAGAUGAAGCUCCAAAGGGAAGAAGAAGCUUGGAUGGAGGAGAUGUUGCGAAACUCCAGCGAGCGAUUACGUACUGAAGCCUACGAAACUGCAAGGCCCGCUUCCGCCGACAGCCUACUCGUAGCUCUCAAGGAUGAGGCGGCUGUGUUGAUCACUGAGAUUGAUCCCGAAUGA